CGGGAACUUCCGGCCGCCACCGGAAGUCGCGGUCCGAGGCCGCUUCCGGGACCUCGGAGGCCCCCCCGGCCCUGGCCCUGCGCGCAGCCCCCGCGGCUGGAGCGUGAGUGGAAUUGCUGACUCUGCUGUGCUCAUCCAAAUGGCAAAAUGGGAAGAUCUAUGGGUCCCAAGUUUCCAGGACUUCAAGGAAAGGAAACUCUCAAAAGACACCCACACAGCAGAUGAUGAGAUCGCAAGUGAGAGCGAAGAGGAUGACAGUCCUCAGCCGGAAGGGCCUGAGAAAGUGGAGCCUCAGGGGACAUUAUCAAGAAGAUCCAAAUCGAAUGUUUCCCAGAGUAAGCAGAGCUCAGAAAAGCAGCCGCAAAAGCCUGCAGGGAAGAGACGGGGUAAGUCUGCUCCCCAAGAGAGAUCUUUGGGGAAGCAGCAGAGAAUCCACAAAGGGGAGGUGCCAAAUGCGUGUCUGGAGUGUGGGAAAGUCUUUGGCCGGAAAUCACAUCUCAUUAGACACCAGAGAACUCACCGGCGAGAGAAGCCGACCAUUUGUAAUGAGUGCGGGAAGAGCUUCAGCCGCAGCUCAACCCUUGUUGAGCACCAGAGAACCCACACGGGCGAGAAGCCCUACAAAUGCACUGAGUGUGGGAAGAGCUUCAGCCAGAGCUCCCACCUCAUCACGCACCAGAGGAUCCACACAGGCGAAAAGCCCUACCAGUGCACCAUAUGCGGGAAGCGCUUCCACCAGAACUCGCAUCUCCUGACCCACCAGAGAACCCACACGGGGGAGAAGCCCUACCAGUGUACCCAGUGCUGGGAGCGCUUCAGCCGCAGCUACACCCUGACCAGACAUCAGCGGAGCCACACGGGGGAGCGGCCCUAUCAGUGCCCUGACUGUGGCAAAUGCUUCAGCCUCAACUCCACCCUCCUCAGCCACCAGAGAACACACACAGGCGAGAAGCCCUACAAAUGCUCUAAGUGCGGUAAGAGCUUCACACGGAGCUCCACGCUCGUCCAGCACCAGAGAACGCACAUAGGGGACAAGAUCUAUACCUGCCCCUGCUGCAACAAGGUGGCCUGCUCUAGCCUGUUCUUCUGAGUUGGGCUGCGGGACCUGCUCCAGCUUGUCCUUCUGAGCCCAGGCACGGGACCGCUCCAGCCUGCCAUAGGAUUCCUCUUUUCCUGUUUGUGGUUGGAUCCUAAAGAGCUGGGACUGCCAAGGCACUUUGAGAUGCUUUUCCUGUAGGAACCCCAGUGAGCACAGCUCCUCAACAGGGGAAAGCUCACACUUUGUUCACUUUUUGUUUUAGUUCAGCGACUUUCCCGCUUGUGCACGCUGGGGGAAUGUAAUACUUCCCUUGCAUCUCCCUCCUGAUUUCAUAAUACUGUGCACUUCAAUGCAUUUAAGGAUCUCGGUGCUUCACACACACACUAAUGAAGUAGGCCUCCCACAGAUUUGAGAGAGAGGGACAUUUUAAAAAUAAAGAAAGGGAGGUGAAGUGACAUCAGUGAGUCACGGCAGAGCUGUCGUGCUCCCCAGCCAGAAUUCCUCAUUUGUCCCAUAUUGCCGUCGUGCUCCCUGUGUGAGAGAGGAGAGAAGCGAGGGCACGGUCCCUUUUCGUGGGGUCUGCCAGCUCUGCCAAAAUACAUUCCUGGGGCUCUUUUGCUCAUGAACCUCCCAGCCUUGAAGUUCUGUGGGUGUGAUGAAUGUCAGUCCGUAUGACCUUCACACUGCAAGAGUUUCUCUUCCUUGGUGAAAGAGCACUGUUACUCUGCCUUAGUGGGCUAUGGCCAGUGACUGUGGUGUGGAGGGCUCUAAGACCAGACCAAAGCAGAACAGCCUUCCAGAGUUAACAUACCUGGAGUUUGUUCCCUGUUUUGUUGGUAGUGGGGAGGAAACCUUUUCCUUUUUGUACGUUGUACCUCUUUAUAUGGUUGAUAAAGAAACCUGAUGAUUAAGCUUAGGAGAGAUGCAGCUGUAUUCAGUUCUAUGAGAAUCUCUCUGUCUUGUUUGACCUAAUGUGUUUCUGAUAGGAAUUGUUUACUGUUUCUUUAAAGCCUAAUUGAAUUGUAUGGACCUGCAAUAUCAUAGAAAAGGCCUGGAAAAGUACCUGCUUCACUUCAGACCAAAGCUCUGCUGGAAUGAACUUCAGGCGAAAGCUCUGAUUCCAUUUAUAACAGUCUUUGUGGAGCAAGUAAAUCAAACUUUCCUCUGAAGUCAGCUGAUCUGCAACUUCUCCUUAAGUAUUGUCUUUGCUGCAGAGUUAGCUCUUACCGGGUGUUGCCCCAAUCUCAUCUCCCACACAACCCUCUCAGCUAGCUGGCCUGGCUACAGCUGCAGGUUGGAGCGUGGGUACUACUUUCACUUGGACUGGUAAUCCACCCAUUUGCAACGAAGAUGCAGGCUAAAUCACUCGAGCGCUGAUAGUCUUCCAAUGCCUUCCCAUAAUUCCACUGUGUGCCCUGAAGGACUGACUAGUUCUCCCACAGUUCGUUAGGAACAAAUCAGAGUGGCUGAUCUUACUGCAGCACAAAAAACGGUGGGAUAUACUUCUAGAAGUCCUAGCAAUACAUGUGGGGGAGUGAAGCACCAGGAAGGACACUGUAAUGUGGGUGUGGGUUUAUAGGGUGGUCACUCAUGCCCGGCUGCUAAUGGCCCAAGCCAAGUCUGCAGUGAAGACAUACUCUAAGGAUUUAAACCAGUGGUUCUCAACCUUUCCAGACUACUGUACCCCUGAAGCUCAGACCUGCUGCAUGGGGCUGAAGCCUGAACCCUGCUGCCCAGUGCUGAAGCAUCUAACUUAGGUUCACAUGGCCCCAGGCAACUGCCCUGCUUGCCAUCGCCUAAUGCCAGCUCUGCACUUGCAACCUCCUUAAACCCGUCCCACAACUCCCCUGGGGGUUGCAGCCCACACGUUGUGAAACACUGAUCUAGAUCAGUUGACGUAUCCCCUGGAAGAUCUCUGUAUACCCCCAGGGAUACACAUCUGGUUAAGAACCACUGUGUUAAACCAUCCACAUUUGAAAAUGCUCAGUCACCAGCUGGGAGACCGUUCUGAAUGCAAGAAAAGCUUCAGUCUGGACUCAACACUUCACUGCCACCAGGGAACCAUAAAUGGGCUUCAAACUGUCUCCCUCUUCCUGGCAAGAACUCCAGCAGUUUUCUGCACUCCCUGUAUGAUGUUUAGCUACCAGCUUAGGACUGGCUUAAAAUUAUACUGUAUCUUCUACAAAAACAUCAACUUUGAGCGCACUGCUAGAAAAUGAAAAUUAGGUGGUCUUGCCGUUAUCAGAAAAGCCUGGAUGGAAUUGAAAGAGUUGCUU